GCCAGGCCCCCAAGGGAGGUCGGCGGCAAAAGCGCAGGCUGGGAGCACCAGCAGGGGUGGGUGCAGCGUGUGCCUGAGGACCCGGUUGAACACUUUGGGCCGGCUCAGAAUGAGGACGCGCUGGGCGACCCUUCGCCGCGCGGCGGAGCUCCUCGUGCUACUUCUCAGGUGCUUCGGUCUGGCGGAGCCCUCUGGCCGCACAGGCAAUGAUCCAUUCACCAUCAUCAAUGAAAACGUGGGCAAGUGCAUCAAGCCACUGAAUGACUGGAUAGUAGCAACAGACUGUGAUGGAAGUAGGGACAUGUUAUGGAAGUGGGUGUCCCAGCACCGGCUCUUUCACUUGCAAUCCCAGAAGUGCCUGGGGCUAGAUAUUACCAAACCCACAGAUUCCUUGAGAAUGUUCAGCUGUGACUCCAGUGCCUUACUGUGGUGGAAAUGUGAGCACCACUCUCUGUAUGGAGCUGCCCAAUACAGACUGGCUCUGAAGAAUGGACAUGCUAUAGCAAGUACAAAUUCAUCUGAUGUCUGGAAGAAAGGAGGCACAGAGGAAACCCUCUGUGACCAGCCUUACCAUGAGAUAUAUACCAGAGAUGGGAACUCCUAUGGAAGACCUUGUGAAUUUCCUUUCUUAGUUAAUGGGACCUGGCAUCAUGAGUGCAUUUUUGAUGAAAAUUAUGGUGGGCCAUGGUGUGCAACCACCUUAAAUUAUGAAUAUGAUCAAAAGUGGGGCAUCUGCUUAAAACCAGAAAAUGGCUGUGAAGAUAAUUGGAAAAAGGAUGAGCAGAUUGGAAGUUGCUACCAAUUUAAUACUCAGGCAGCUCUUUCUUGGAAGGAAGCUUAUGUUUCCUGUCAGAAUCAAGGAGCUGACUUACUGAGCAUCAGCAAUGCUGCUGAAUUAACUUAUCUUCAAGAAAAAGAAGGUAUUCCAAGAAUUUUCUGGAUUGGUUUAAAUCAACUAUACUCUGCUAGAGGCUGGGAAUGGUCGGACCACAAGCCAUUAAACUUUCUCAACUGGGACCCAGAUAUGCCCAGUGCACCUAUGAUAAUAGGCGGAUCAAGUUGUGCGAGAAUGGAUGCCAUGUCUGGCCUAUGGCAGAGUUUUUCCUGUGAAGCUCAAUUGCCCUAUGUCUGCAAGAAACCACUAAAUAACACAGUGGAGUUAACAGAUGUUUGGACAUAUUCAGAUACACACUGUGGUGCAGGCUGGCUGUCAAAUAAUGGGUUUUGCUAUCUGCUGGUAAAUGAAAGUGAUUCCUGGGAUAAGGCACAUAUGAAAUGCAAAGCCUUGAGCGGAGAUCUCAUCAGCAUUCAUUCUUUAGCAGAUGUGGAGGGGCUUGUCACAAAACUCCAUAAUGGGGAUGCCAAAGAAGAAAUAUGGAUAGGUCUUAAGAACGAAAAUGUACCAAGUUUAUUUCAGUGGUCUGAUGGUACUGAAGUUACUCUAACAUAUUGGAAUAAGAAUGAGCCAAAUGUUCCCUUCAAUAAGACUCCCAACUGCGUUUCCUAUUUAGGAAAGCUAGGUCAGUGGAAAGUCCAGUUAUGUGAAGAGAAACUUAAAUAUGUAUGUAAGAAAAAGGGAGAACAAAUGAAUGAUACAACAUCUGACAAGAUGUGUCCUCCAGAUGAGGGCUGGAAAAGACAUGGAGAAACCUGUUACAAGAUUUACAAGGAUGAGGUCCCUUUUGGAACCAACUGCAAUCUGACUAUAACUAGCAGAUUUGAGCAAGAAUACCUGAAUGAUAUGAUGAAAAAAUAUACUAAAUCUCCAGGAAAAUACUUCUGGACUGGCCUGAGAGAUAUAGGUUCACAUGGAGAGUAUAGCUGGACAGGUGUUGGUGGAGUAAAGCAAGCUGUUACCUUUUCCAACUGGAAUUUUCUUGAGCCAUCUUCUCCAGGUGGGUGUGUGGCUAUGGCUACUGGAAAGUCUCUUGGAAAGUGGGAGGUGAAAGACUGCAGAAACUUCAGAGCACUUUCAAUUUGCAAGAAAAUAAGUGGGCCCAUUCAGCCUGAAGAAGUCACUCCUAAACCUGAAGUCCCCUGUCCUGAAGGCUGGCAUAGUUUCCCCUCAAGUCUUUCUUGUUAUAAGCUGUUUCAUAUAGAAAGAAUUGUAAGAAAAAGGAACUGGGAAGAAGCUGAGAGAUUCUGUCAAGCACUUGGAGGACACCUUCCUAGCUUCACUCAUACGGAUGAAAUAAAGGAAUUUCUUCACUUUUUAAUGGACCAGUUCAGUGACCAGCGUUGGCUGUGGAUAGGUUUGAAUAAAAGGAGCCCAGAUUUACAAGGAUCCUGGGAGUGGAGUGAUCAUACACCAGUGUCUACUAUUCUCAUGGAAAAUGAGUUUCAGCAGGAUUAUGAUAUCAGAGACUGUGCUGCUGUCAAGGUCAUUCAGAGGCCAGGACGAAGAAGCUGGUUUUUCUAUGAUGACAGAGAAUUUAUUUACUUAAGACCUUUUGCUUGUGAUACAAAACUUGAAUGGGUAUGCCAGAUUCCAAAAGGCCGUACUCCAAAAACACCAGACUGGUACAAUCCAGAGCGUUCUGGAAUUCAUGGACCUCCGGUUGUAAUUGAAGGGAGUGAAUACUGGUUUGUUGCUGAUCCCCACUUAAACUAUGAAGAAGCUGUCCUGUAUUGUGCUAGCAAUCACAGCUCUCUGGCUACACUGACAUCUCUUGCAGGACUAAAAGCCAUCAAAAACAAAAUAGCAAAUAUAUCUGGUGAUGAACAGAAGUGGUGGGUGAGAACUUCCGAGCAGCCAAUAGAUCGUCGUUCUAUGUACUUCCGAUAUCCAUGGCCUCACUUUCCUAUAACAUUUCGGGAGGAAUGCCUGUACAUGUCUGCCAAGACUUGGUUUAGCGACUUAAAUAAACCAGCAGACUGCAGCACCAAGUUGCCCUUCAUCUGUGAAAAAUAUAAUGUCUCUUCAUUAGAAAAAUAUAGUCCAGAUUCUGCAGCUAAAGUACAGUGUUCUGGGGAUUGGAUUACUUUUCAGAAUAAGUGUUUUCUAAAAAUUAAACCGAAAUCUCUCACAUUUUCCCAAGCGAGUGAUACAUGUCGCACCUAUGGUGGCACCCUUCCUUCAGUGCUGAGCCAGAGAGAACAAGAUUUUAUUACAUCCUUGCUUCCGGAUAUGGAGGCUACUUUAUGGAUUGGUUUGCGCUGGACUGCCUAUGAAAGGAUAAACAAAUGGACAGAUAACAGAGAGCUGACAUACAGUAACUUUCAUCCAUUAUUAGUUGGUGGAAGGCUGAAAAUACCAACACAUAUUUUUGAGGAAGAGUCCCAAUACCACUGUGCACUAAUACUCAACCUCCAAAAGUCGCCUUAUACUGGGACAUGGAAUUUUACGUCCUGCAGUGAACACCACACUCUGUCUCUCUGUCAGAAAUAUUCAGAAGUUGGAAGCAAACAGACUUUGCAGAAUACUUCAGACACAGUAAAGUAUCUAAAUAAUCUGUACAAAAUCAUCCUGAAGACUAUGACUUGGUUUGAUGCUCUAAAGGAGUGUCAGAAAGAUAACAUGCACCUGGUGAGCAUCACAGACCCUUACCAGCAGGCGUUCCUAACUGUGCAGACGGUUCUUCAUAACUCUUCUUUAUGGAUUGGACUCUCCAGUCAAGAUGAUGAACUCAACUUCGGUUGGUCAGAUGGGAAACAUCUUCAAUUUAGUCGCUGGGCUGAAAAUAAUGAGCAACUUGAAGACUGUGUAAUAUUAGACACUGAUGGAUUCUGGAAAACAUCUGAUUGUGAUCGUACACAAGCAGGUGCUAUUUGCUACUAUCCAGGAAAUGAGACUGAAAAAGAGGUCAAAGCAGUUGACAAUGUUCAAUGUCCAUCCCCUGUUCUAUUUACUCCAUGGAUACCAUUUCAGAACUCUUGCUACAAUUUCAUAAUAGCAAAGACUGAAUAUAUGGCCAAACCAGAUGAAGUUCAUUCUAAAUGCCAGAAACUGAAUCCAAAAUCACAUGUUCUGAGUAUUCGAGAUGAAGAAGAGAAUAACUUUGUUCUAGAGCAACUUCUGCACUUCAAUAAUAUGGCUUCAUGGAUCACAUUAAGUAUAACUUAUGAAAAUAAUUCUCUUCUGUGGUCUGAUAAGACCAUGCUGUCAUACACGAAUUGGAGAGGAGGAAGACCAGAUAUAAAAAAUGACAAGUUUUUUGCUGGCUUGAGUAUUGAUGGCUUCUGGGAUAUUCAAACCUUCAAUGUUAUUGAAGAAAUACUUCACUAUACGCAGAACAGCAUUCUUGCUUGUAAAAUUGAAAUGGUUGACUACAAGGAAGAAUAUAACGCUACUCUGCCACAGUUUAUUCCAUAUGAAGAUGGUAUUUAUAAUGUUAUUCAAAAAAAGGUAACAUGGUACGAAGCCUUAAACAUGUGUUCUCAAAGUGGAGGUUAUUUGGCAAGUGUUCAUGACCAAAACGACCAGCUGUUUCUGGAAGACAUCGUAAAACGUGAUGGAUUUCCACUAUGGGUUGGGCUCUCAAGUCACGAUGGAAGUGAAUCAAGUUUUGAAUGGUCUGAUGGCAGUACAUUUGACUACAUCCCGUGGAAAGAUAAUCAGUCUGCUGGAAAUUGUGUUGUCUUGGAUCCAAAAGGAAUUUGGAGACAUGAAAAAUGCAAGUCUGUCAGUGAUGGUGCUAUUUGUUAUAAACCUACAAAAUCUAAAAAGGUGUCCUCUCAUACACGCUCAUCAAGAUGUCCAGCAGUAAAAGGGAAUGAGUCACAAUGGAUCCAGUACAGGGAGCACUGUUACGCAUCUGACCAGGCACUGCGCAAUUUCUCAGAAGCCAAACGGUUCUGUUCAAAACUUGAUCAUUCUGCAACUAUUGUUACCAUAGAGGAUGAAGAUGAAAAUAAGUUCGUGAGCAGACUGAUGAGGGAAAAUAAUAAUAUUACCAUGAGAGUUUGGCUUGGAUUAUCUCAAUAUUCUGCCGAUCAGUCUUGGAAUUGGCUAGAUGGAUCAAAAGUGACAUUUGUCAAAUGGGCAAAUAAAAGUAAGAGUGGUGCUGGAAAAUGUAGCAUUUUGUUGGCUUCAAAUGAAACUUGGAUAAAAGUUGAAUGUUCACAUGGCUAUGGAAGAGUUAUCUGCAAAGUUCCUCUGGGCCCUGAUUACAGAGGAAUAGCUAUCACAUUUGCUGUGCUAAGUGUCUUAGCUCUCAUCAGUGCCCUGAUUUGGUUCCUCUUCCAAAGGAACCGGUUGCACUGGGCGGGCUUCUCUUCAGUUCGAUAUGAACAAGGAAUGAAUGAAGAUGAGAUUAUGCUUCCCACUUUCCAUGACUAAAUUCUUCUAAAAGUUUGCUAAUUUGCACUAACGUGUUAGGGAAAAUGAGCCAUUUCAGUUUUUCCCAGUGUCAGUAUUUACUCUGUUCUAAAGUAGAAGUGGUAAGUACUUUUUCAGUUGUUUAAUUGCUGUGCUAGUAUCUACAGUGAAUUAUCCACAAAAUGCCAUGUUUAAAACUUUACUUAAUAGAAUAGAGAACCUUAAUAGAAUGGAAAAGAACCAAAGCUGGAACUAAAGUCCAAAUUAUUUGUGGGGUAAUAAAUUUAAUGUGCAUUUUUUCUAUAAGAAUGUAGUUAGUAACUAGAAUGUGUAUAUACGAAUGGCACAACUGCUUAAAGAUUUAAGGUUGGCAUGUUACUAGGUCACAAAUCUACCUUUUAGCUUUUAAGAAUAUUUAGCCUAGGGGCAUGGGUGUGGAGCCUACUUAAAAAAAAAAAAAUUCAGCCUAAUGUGAAAUUUGUAUCUCAAGGUAAAAACAUAACUGUAAAUAAUAUGAACAUUAUUUCAAAAUAGUCAUUUGUAGCAUUUAGGAGAAAUUAUUAAACAAUGAGAUAUGCUUACUUUUUUACACAGCCAAAUAAUGCUUUUGGCAAGAUACUUCUUAUACUGGUCCAAAGAUAUUUCAUACCAAAAUUGUUUAAAUGCAAAUAUUUUGUUUUGUCAUAGUUGUUCAUAAAACAAUGGCUUUUAAAGGAGAUUUAAUACUUAACAUUUUCCUAAAGUAUGGGAACAUUGUCUUUAGAUUGAUUUAGAUAUACUGUAGCAGUGUGGUUUUUGUCUUUUCUUAUGUACAAUAUAUAACUCUUUCCUCUUAAAGGGAACCAGCUAAGGAUACAAGUUCUUGAAAAUUUCCCAAUUUUUAUGCUUUAUAUGACAUGUCAAAUUUUGACUAAGAAAUUUGUGUUACUUUGUUCCUUUUUUUUUUUCUGUGAGCUAGAGAAUAGGGGUUUAUGAAGGAAAUUGUAUAUCUUGCAUUUGUAAAAAUGAAAAUUUUAUAGUGAAACUCUAAACCUUGUGACUACUACUAAAAUAUUUUAGAUGAUGAAUAUUUAAGGAAACACUGUUUUGUGAUUAUCACUUUAAAUUUUACCACCUAGAAUAUAUUUUUAAUAAUAGUUUCCACUGAACAUGGUGUUUUAUUCAGUGUUUAUAUUUAUACUUUAGAAUAUUUUUGUAUAAUAUUCAUAGAUUUAUUUUAAGAUUUAGAGUGUUUAUACUAUGAUAAACUUAUAAAUAAUUUUCUAAGACAGUUUUAGUAUAGACUAAAACUAUAGUACUAUUGUCUUGAAAUAUUUUUAUUGAAUUUGUUAGACUAUUCCUCUUGCCCUGUGAUCUGUACAAUUUUAGUUGUUAAAGACUUUCUUCAAAGAACUAAAUCAACUUGGUGUGAAACGUACACCUGUACCGGGUAUCUGGCUGGCUCAGUCGGAAGAGUGUGCAGCUGCUGAUCUCUUGGGGUUGUGAGUUCAAGCCCCACACUGGGUAUAGAGAUUCCUUUAAAAAUAAUAAAAUAGUAAAAUCUUUAAAAAAAGAAAAGUACAGCUAUAUAUAGUAGUGAUGCUAUAAUAAAUUUGUUUUAUUUUUUAAGUAAAAGUGUUGUUGAUCCUUGUUGAAAAAUAUAUCGCUAAGUUGGGUUUUAUUAUGUUAUACAUAUAGUAUAACAAAAAAUAAAGUGUGCAAUUGUUGUAA